AUGCAUAAACUACCUCAUGAGCAACCGACGAGGCUUCCAAUCUGUGCAGCAUUGAGUAAACAAGGUCACCGGUUUCUUACAUCAGUCGCUACAACCGACGAUCCGGCAACCACCGCUCGGCUGAUUCGGAAAUUCGUCGCUUCAUCCUCUAAAUCCAUAGCUCUCGACGCCAUCUCUCACCUCGUUGCUCCAAUCAACACCUCAUUCUCUCGUCUCUCUCCUCUCACAUUCCCUUUAUACUACGAGAUUAAUAAAGCAUCAUGGUUCAAUUGGAACGCUAAGCUUAUAGCCGAUGUGAUUGCUUCACUCUACAAUCAUCAGCGAUUUACCGAGGCACAAACCCUAAUUUCAGAAGUGGAAACAAAAUUAGGGAGUAAAGAACGCGAUAUCUGUAACUUUUAUUGUAACCUAAUGGAUUCUCACUCGAAGCACCAAUCAAAGCAAGGAAUACUUGAUUCCUAUGAACAUAUCAAACAACUUCCUUCACAUUCUUCAUCUAUUUACCUUAAAAAACGCUCCUACGAAUCAAUCAUCGGGUGUUUAUCUGUAAUCAAUCUACCCAAUCAAGCUGAGAGUUUAAUGGUAGAGAUGAAGAACAAAGGACUCAAAUCUUCCAUCUUUGAGUAUAGGUCAAUAAGUUAUGCAUAUGGAAGAUUAGGCUUGUUUGAAGAUAUGAAAAGAGUCAUAGCCAUGAUGGAAAACGAAGGCUUUGAGUUAGAUUUGAUUAUGUCAAAUAUGGUCCUUUCAUCGCCAGGGCUCUACAAUGAGCUUCUGGAAAUGGCCUCAUGGCUGAAAAGAAUGAAAAGAUCAAAGAUAUUGUUCUCCAUUAGAACUUAUAACUCGGUUUUGAAUCAUUGUCCUACCAUAAUGUCAAUUGUAGAACACCCAAAAGAGAUGAAGCCAAAAGGAUUCAAAAUUCUAGGAAGUCUAAAGGAGGGUGAAGAAUGGGAAGAAGAUGAUAGGGCAAACUUCAUAAAUGGUCCCUUGGUGGUGAAAUGA